AAUAUCGAUUGAGAUUUUCCUUCCCUGAGAACUAAAACUCGACAUCAGCUACCUCUCCGUAUAAGGAUAUCAACGAAUUUCUAUGCUAUCUCGGCUCCAGAUAUUGAUAAAACAUUCAGCGGUUAUCUAAUAUUAUGAACACUGCGUCGAUUUCACCACAGACGAGGGUUCAAAACUAGCUCAUGAGUGUCCUGAAUAGUGUUCUAUACCAUACUUUGCGGACUACGUCCACGUAUUGAUGCGUGUCAGCUACAUAAGAUCUUUAGGAACAUUCACGCUUUUAAAAGUUCAACACAAUUCAUAUCGUUCGACUAUCAACCUGAAAGCACAGAUUCGUACCCAAGCCAUGUCGAACCAGCAGAUGUUUUUAUGGUGGGGCUCCGGGUCCUGUCCCUGCUGGAAACCCAUGAUAGUUCUCGCUGAAAAGGGGCUAUGGAAGGGGCUACCUAACAAGCUCAUUUCAUUUGACGAGGAAGAAUACCGCUGUUCUGAUAUCUUGGCCAUCAAUCCACGUGGCCAGGUACCGACGUUCAAGGACGGCGAGCUGGUAGUGAACGAGUCCAACGCCAUCUGCAUGUAUUUGGAGGAGAAAUAUUCCACGGCUGAAAACCGACUUCUUCCGGAAACACCCGAACAGCGCUCGACGGUCUACUGGAAGAUAUUUGAAGCUUCAAAUGUGGAAAUCAAGGUCCUUGAUGCCCUGGCCUACUACUUUUAUUAUACGAAGAAGGAAGACAGAAAUGACGAAGUGAUCAAGGAAAAGGUAGCGACUGCUAAAACAGAGCUUUCCCACUGGGAAAAGGCUUUGACCGGUAAAUCCUAUUUGGUGGGUGACAAUUUUACACUGGCAGACGUAUGUUUCUACCCAUACAUUGCGUUUCUUGUGCGUCUUGGGGCGUCACUGAAGGACUAUCCAGCCCUCCGUAAGUACUAUGACACCAUCACAGCCCGCCCCUCAGUGCAGGCUACCUGGCCGCCUCACUGGCGAGAGGGACCCACCGCUGAGAAUCAUCUUGCAGCAUUGUGAAAUUAACAUUGCUGACUGACGUGGUGCGAUUGGCAGUAUUACUACAGACUGUAAAUUUCAUUGAACUCUGUUAAUUGAUUCGAACGUUUAAUGAUAGUACUGUCGAAUAUUGAUAAUAGUGUAUUUGCAUGAUGAUUUUACGAAUUACAUUAAAUGUGACCGGUAGUAUUCAUUACAUUACUGAAUAAAAAUAUAAAUCUGAAUGAAA